UCUGGAUUAGAGUCCAUUAAUGCUCCCAGUCUGUGUUUGAACAACACUAGUCGCUCUGCUACCUUGCGUCGGAGUAAGAGUGCGUAGGUUAGAAACAUUUGGAAACAUUUAAUAUCAUUUUUGUAAGACUCCCGUGGAGGAAAGCAGAACGGCCAACUCUGGACAACAUGCGAGCGAUAUUUCUCGCGUUUUUGGGGACCUUGUCAUGGGCAAUGGUCAUAACUGGUGAUUCAUCGUGCCUUCAACACCUGGACUUAGUUUUUCUCCUGGAUGGUUCCAGAAGUAUUGAGCUAAAUGGCAAAGGAAAUUUUCGACGUGAACUAAAUUUCACGAAACAAAUCAUCGAUGCUUUUCGUAUAAGCGAAGGAAGAGUUCGCGCUAGCGUGAUUGUUUAUAGUACCGAGCCUACACUAGUCUUUGGGCUUGAUAAAUUCAAGUCAAAAGAUGAUAUUUUCAAAGCAAUUGAUGCGAUUAAGUUUCCCGCAGCUGGGUCGGAUUUGGGCAAAGCUUUGAAGCUCGUCCAAAGCGCUUCGUUUAAUUUCUCUGCGCCCAGCACAUCGAGAAUCGUGGUGAUACUAACAGACGGCAAAGCAAAGGACGAGGUGGAACAACCUUCAGAAGUAUUGAAAAAGAAAGGUGUCGACUUAUUGAUGGUUGGAGUUGGUAACAACUUGGACGCUGAUCAAUUGAAAACAGUUGCAAGCGAACCUAAAGAUGAAAGUAUUUUUGAAUUCGAUCAGUUGUCCAAAUUAGUGGAUAGAAUAGGCAAAGAUGUUUGCGAAGGAAUAGUUGAUGCUUGUGGUCCUGAACCUUGCGAAAAUGGAGGUACCUGCGUUGUUCAAGGAAAUUCAUAUACUUGCAAUUGUUUACAACCUUAUCAUGGCAAAAAUUGCAAAGCGGCCCGAGGAUGUUACACCAAAUACUUCAAGAGAGGAUGUUAUCCUGAUAUUGACACAUUUAACACCAUCUUGUUUGAUAAUACAUCCGUCAUCAAGUGGGGUAAUGGAUGGAAUCAUUUUAUCAAUGAUUUAGUAUGCAGGUGCGCUGAAGAGACAGCCGCAGGUGGUUACAAAUACUUUGGCAUACUAAACUAUGCAGAAUGCUGGGUGGAAGGACGUCCAAAUUUCCACAACAAAAUGGCACCAAAAGGAAAGUGUCAGGGCCCAAGACCAGACUCUCACCUUGCUUGUGACCAGAAUUCACUUGGGCCUUGUGUCGGCAUGCCCGACUAUCAGUAUAUAUACAGUGUUGAACAAGAUAAGAACGAGUGUUUUUCACGGCCGUGUAUGAAUGGUGCUACUUGUGUCGAUAAAGUGAAUUCCUAUAAAUGUAUUUGUCCACGUGGCUACACAGGCACUAACUGCGAAAAUAAUAUAGAUGAAUGUUCCACUAAACCUUGUAAAAAUGGUGCGACCUGUAUCGAUGGAGUGGAUUCUUACACAUGCAAAUGUGUUGCCGGUUUUGACGGCGACAACUGUGAAAAUAACAUAGAUGAUUGCGCUGGAACUCCAUGUCUGAAUGGCGGAACGUGUACGGACGGAGUUAACUCACAUACGUGUAAAUGUCCUGAAGGAUUUGAUGGAAAGAACUGCGAGAACAAUAUUGACGACUGCUCUUCCUCAUCGUGUUUGAAUGGUGCGACGUGUGUGGAUGGUGUAAACUCUUUUAAAUGCCAGUGUGCCAAGGGAUAUGAUGGAGAUAAAUGUGAAAACGACAUUGAUGAAUGUUUGUCGAAGCCAUGCCUUAAUGGGGGAACCUGCCACGAUGCAGUCGCAUCCUACAGCUGUAAAUGUCGUCGAGGUUACGCUGGACGUAACUGUGAGACGAAAAUUCACGAAUGCGACUCACAUCCUUGCCUCAAUAAUGGUACAUGCGCAGACAUUCAUACCGGACUCGAAGAUUUGAUUGGCUCAGGCCUGGAUCAAGAUUAUGCGUGCGUCUGCGAAGCUGGAUACACCGGCAAAAAUUGUGAAACUGAUAUCAACGAAUGCGCUGUUCAGCCAUGUCUGAAUGGGGCUACCUGUAUUGAUGGCGUCAAUCAUUACACCUGCAAAUGCAAACCAGGAUUUACUGGGGAAAACUGCGAAACAAAUAUCGACGACUGCACUCCUUCGAAAUGUUUGAACGAUGCCACUUGUGUUGAUGGAGUCGCUUCGUAUAAAUGUUUAUGUCCAGACGGAUACACUGGCAAAAACUGUGAAACAGAUGUCGAUGAUUGUGAUCCAUCCCCAUGUCAAAAUGGCGGCAAAUGUAUUGAUGGGAUCGACAGCUAUUUCUGUCAAUGUCCAAGACGUUAUGUCGGUGUGAACUGUGAAGAAAAGAUCAACGAGUGUGAGUCAGCACCGUGCAAAAAUGGCGGUACUUGCAAGGAAGAAGGUAAUCUUUCGCGGGCUUCGUUUGAGGAAGACAAUGAGAGUUCUUACAAGUGCUUUUGUAAACCUGGAUUCACUGGAAAGAACUGCGAGAUUGAUAUAGACGAGUGUUCGCCGAUGCCGUGUUUGAAUGGGGCCACGUGCGCAGAAGGUGUGAACCAUUACAACUGCACGUGCGUUGCAGGCUACACAGGAAAGAACUGUGAGACUGAUAUCAACGAAUGUCAAUCCGGGCCAUGCAAAAACAGCAUUUCAUGUAUCGACGGUGUCAAUUCGUACAAAUGCGUUUGCAAACCUGGAUACACUGGGAAAAAUUGUGGAGUUGAUAUCAACGAAUGUGAACCAUUGCCAUGUAAGAAUGGAGGUGUCUGCGUCGAUGCCGUGAACGCUUAUUCUUGCAAGUGUCCUAGGGGAUUUAUAGGGACUGAUUGUGAAACAAGGGUGAACGAAUGCGAUACGAUGCCAUGUUUAAACGGUGGAAAAUGUAUUAAUUUGAACAUAGAAGAUGCUGGCAGCGGUUUCGGAAGUGGUGGAGAGGCCUUACAUAGGUGUGUUUGUGCUGCAGGAUAUACCGGGAAACUUUGCAAAAAAGAUAUCGAUGAAUGUGAAUCAUCGCCAUGUCUCAAUGGAGGAAAAUGUAUUGAUCAAGUGAACUCUUACUCUUGUGUUUGUAAACCUGGGUUUAAUGGCGAGGAUUGUGAGAACAAUAUAAAUGAAUGUUCUCCUUCGCCUUGUUUAAACUCUGGCACAUGCAAAGACGGCGUGAACUCCUACACGUGUAAUUGUGAAGCUGGUUACGAGGGUGACAACUGUGAGACAGACAUAAAUGAAUGUGCUUCGUCUCCGUGCAAAAAUGGAGGAAAAUGCGAAGAUCAUGUCAACGAUUACUUUUGCAAAUGUCCCAAAGGUUAUGUUGGAAAGAACUGUGAAACAAAGAUCAAAGAGUGUGACUCGCAACCAUGUCAAAAUGGCGCGAAAUGCAUCGAGGGCGAUGAAGUUCCUCGUAAAAGAUUUUUGCGUACCUCUGAUGAAGAAUCGUCGUACAUUUGCGAGUGUGUCCCAGGAUACACUGGUAGAAACUGUGAAAAAGAAAUAGACGAGUGCUCACCGUCCCCUUGCGAGAACAAUGCGACGUGUGUCGAUGGAAUAAAUAAAUAUACUUGUCAAUGCAAAGCAGGCUUUGCUGGAAAGAAUUGUGAAGAAGACAUAAACGAAUGCGAUCCAAAUCCAUGUUUACAUGGCGGUGUUUGCUUGGACAAGAUCAAUGAUUUCAAAUGUGUCUGCAAGUUGGGGUACAAGGGAAAAAAUUGCGAGACAAAUAUCGACGAUUGUGCGUCUCACCCAUGCCUUAACAAGGGUCAAUGUAUUGACGGGGUGCACAGCUACACUUGCAAAUGUCCAAAAGGAUUCAUCGGUGACAACUGUGAAACACAAGUCAAGCAGUGCGACACUCUUCCUUGUCUAAAUGAUGGUACGUGUGUGGAUUUGGAAGUUGGUGAAGAUAUUGCGUCUGGUUCUGGAAGUGGAAGUGGACUUGGUUUGGGCGAAUCUAUCGACGCCUAUAAAUGCGUUUGUCGUCCUGGAUUCAUUGGCCGCCUGUGUGAAACUAAUGUUAAUGAAUGCGAUCCUUCACCAUGUCUGAAUGGUGGUCACUGUGUUGAUGGUGUAAAUGACUACACAUGUAAAUGUUCUGCUGGUUAUACUGGAAAAGACUGCCAGACAGAUAUCAACGAAUGUUCACCUAAUCCAUGUUUGAACAGUGCUAGCUGUAUCGAUGGUGUAAAUUCUUACACAUGCAAAUGUUUAGCUGGUUAUGAUGGUAAACACUGUGAAACUGAUGUUGAUGAUUGUCAUCCCAACCCAUGUAAAAAUAACGGAAGAUGUGUUGAUGGUGUAAACACCUAUACCUGUGAAUGCCCAAGAGGAUUUGCUGGACCUAACUGCGAAAAAAAAAUCUUAGAAUGUGAUAGUUCUCCAUGUAAAAAUGGAGGAAAAUGUGUCGAAGGAUCGUUUGGAAGUGGGGUCGGAAGUGGGUUAGAUACGACAGAAAGUGUUUACACUUGUAUGUGUCAGCCCGGAUUUGCUGGAAAGAAUUGUGAAACCAAUAUCGACGAAUGCGCUUCUAAACCGUGUGAGAACGGAGGUACUUGUAAAGAUGGCAUCAACAGCUAUAAAUGUACAUGUCUACCUGGAUUUAAUGGGAAAAACUGUGAAAACAACAUCAACGAGUGUGCUCCCUCGCCAUGUGUGAAUGGUGGAACAUGUACCGAUAAAGUAAAUGCUUACAAAUGUAUCUGUAAACCUGGUUUCACUGGAGAAAACUGCGAAACAGAUAUCGAUGAAUGCAAAAGUAAACCUUGUUUAAAUGGCGGUUUAUGUGUGGAUGGCAUUAAUUCCUACACGUGUAAAUGCAGAGAAAAUUACAUCGGAGAAAAUUGUGAAACAAGAAUCAACGAAUGUGACAAAAUGCCGUGUCUUAAUGGUGGAAAAUGUGUGGAUCUUGGAGAUGUUAAAAUUGGCGAGCAUUACUAUAAAUGUGUCUGUAAGCCAGGAUUUGCUGGGAAGAAUUGUGAAACCAACAUCAACGAAUGUGAUCCUUCACCAUGUCUGAAUGGUGGUCACUGUGUUGAUGGUGUGAAUGACUACACAUGUAAAUGUCUUGCUGGUUAUACUGGCAAGGACUGUGAGACAGAUAUCAACGAAUGUUCACCUAAUCCAUGUUUGAACAGUGCUAGCUGUAUCGAUGGAGUGAAUUCUUACACAUGCAAAUGUUUAGCUGGUUAUGAUGGUAAACACUGUGAAACUGAUAUCGAUGAUUGUGAUCCAAAUCCAUGUUUAAAUCGUGGUAAAUGUGUGGAUGGUGUUGACAGUUAUGUUUGUGUGUGUCCAAGAGGAUUUGCCGGAACAAAUUGUGAAGAAAAAAUCUUGGAGUGCGAUAGUUCUCCAUGUAAAAAUGGAGGAAAAUGUGUCGAAGGAUCGUUUGGAAGUGGUGUCGGAAGUGGGUUGGAUACGACAGAAAGUGUUUACACUUGUAUGUGUCAGCCUGGAUUUACUGGAAGAAACUGCGAAACCAAUAUCGACGAAUGCGCUUCAAAACCAUGCGAGAACGGAGGUACUUGUAAAGAUGGUAUCAACAGCUAUAAAUGCUCAUGUUUGCCUGGAUUUGAAGGAAAGAAUUGCGAAAAUAACAUCGACGAGUGUGCUCCAUUACCGUGUGCAAAUGGUGGAACAUGCAUUGACAAAAUCAACUCUUACAAAUGUAUUUGUGAACCUGGAUAUACUGGAGAGAACUGUGAAACUAAUAUUGAUGAAUGCAAAAGUACACCGUGUUUGAAUGGCGGUUUAUGUGUGGAUGGCAUUGAUUCUUACACGUGUAAAUGUAAAGAGAAUUACAUGGGAGAAAAUUGUGAAACAAGAAUCAAUGAAUGUAACAAGAUGCCGUGUCUUUUUGGUGGAAAGUGCGUGGAUCUUGGAGAUAUGAAACGUGGCGAGCAUUAUUAUAAAUGCGAUUGUAAGCCAGGAUUUACUGGGGAUAAUUGUGAAACUAACAUCAACGAAUGUGAUCCUUCACCAUGUCUGAAUGGUGGUCACUGUGUUGAUGGUGUGAAUGACUACACAUGCAAAUGUCCUGCUGGUUAUACUGGAAAGGACUGCCAGACAGAUAUCAACGAAUGUUCACCCAAUCCAUGUUUAAACAGUGCUAUUUGUAUUGAUGGAGUUAAUUCUUACACAUGCAAAUGUUUGCCUGGUUACAAGGGGAAGCAUUGUGAAACUGAUGUCAACGAUUGUGAUCCAAAUCCAUGUUUGAAUCACGGAAGAUGUAUGGAUGGUGUCGACAGCUACGACUGCAUGUGUCCAAGGGGAUUUGCCGGACCAAAUUGUGAAAAAAAAAUCUUGGAGUGUGAUAGUUCUCCAUGUAAAAAUGGAGGAAAAUGUGUUGAAGGGUCGUUUGGAAGUGGUGUAGGAAGUGGAUUGGACACGACAGAAAGCGCUUACACUUGUAUUUGUAAAGCUGGAUUUGCUGGAAAGAACUGUGAAACUAAUAUUGAUGAAUGUGCCUCUAAACCGUGUCAGAACGGUGGGUCUUGUAAAGAUGGUAUCAACAGUUAUACGUGUAGCUGUGAGCCAGGAUUUAAUGGAAAGAACUGUGAAAACAACAUCAACGAGUGUGCUCCACAACCGUGUGCCAAUGGCGGAACUUGUAUUGACAAAAUAAACUCUUACAAAUGUGUUUGCAAACCUGGAUAUACUGGCGAAAACUGCGAAACCGAUAUCGAUGACUGUAAGAAUAAGCCUUGUAUGGGAAAUGGUGUUUGUGUGGACGGCGUUGAUUCGUACAAGUGUAAUUGCAAAGAGAACUACAUCGGGUCGAAUUGUGAAACAAGAAUCAACGAAUGUGACAAGAUGCCUUGUCUUAAUGGUGGAAAAUGUGUGGAUCUUGGCGAUGUGAAAAUUGGCGAGCAUUACUAUAAAUGUGUCUGUAAGCCAGGAUUUGCCGGGAAGAAUUGUGAAACCAACAUCAACGAAUGUGAUCCUUCACCAUGUCUGAAUGGUGGUCACUGUGUUGAUGGUGUGAAUGACUACACAUGUAAAUGUCUUGCUGGUUAUACUGGCAAGGACUGUGGGACAGAUAUCAACGAAUGUUCACCUAAUCCAUGUUUAAACAGUGCUAGCUGUAUCGAUGGAGUGAAUUCUUACACAUGCAAAUGUUUAGCUGGUUAUGAGGGUAAACACUGUGAAACUGAUGUCGAUGAUUGCGAUCCAAAUCCAUGUUUAAAUCGUGGUAAAUGUGUGGAUGGUGUUGACAGUUACGUUUGUGUGUGUCCAAGAGGAUUUGCCGGAACAAAUUGCGAAGAGAAAAUCUUGGAGUGUGAUAGUUCUCCAUGUAAAAAUGGAGGAAAAUGUGUCGAAGGAUCGUUUGGAAGUGGUGUCGGAAGUGGGUUGGAUACGACAGAAAGUGUUUACACUUGCAUGUGUCAGCCUGGAUUUACUGGAAGAAACUGCGAAACCAAUAUCGACGAAUGCGCUUCAAAACCGUGCGAGAACGGAGGUUCUUGCAAAGAUGGUAUCAACAGCUAUAAAUGUACAUGCUUACCUGGAUUUGAUGGAAAGAAUUGUGAAAACAACAUUGACGAGUGUGCUCCACUGCCGUGUGUCAAUGAUGGAACAUGCAUUGACAAGAUCAACUCUUACAAAUGUGUUUGCAAACCUGGUUACACCGGUGAAAACUGCGAAACUAACAUUGAUGAGUGUAAAAGCACACCGUGUUUGAAUGGCGGUUUCUGUGUGGAUGGCAUUAAUUCCUACACGUGUAAAUGUAAAGAAAAUUACAUCGGAGAAAAUUGUGAAACAAGAAUCAACGAAUGUGAUGACAUGCCUUGUCUCAAUGGCGGAAAAUGUGUGGAUCUUGGAGAUGUGAAACAUGGCGAGCAUUAUUAUAAAUGUGAUUGCAAGCCAGGAUUUACUGGAAAGAAUUGUGAGACUAAUAUCGAUGAUUGCGAUCCUUCACCAUGUCUGAAUGGUGGUCGCUGUGUUGAUGGUGUGAAUGACUACACGUGUAAAUGUCCUGCUGGUUAUACUGGAAAGAAGUGCGAGACAGAUAUCGACGAUUGUUCACCUAAUCGCUGCCUAAACAGUGCUACCUGUAUUGACGGAGUCAAUUCUUACACAUGCAAGUGUUUAGCCGGUUAUAUUGGUAAACAUUGUGAAAUUGAUGUUGAUGACUGCGACCCCAAUCCAUGUUUGCAUCAUGGUAAAUGUGUUGACGGUGUCGACAGUUACUCUUGCAAAUGUCCAAGAGGAUAUGCUGGUACAAACUGUGAAAAAAAAAUCCUGGAGUGUGAUGGUUCUCCAUGUAAAAAUGGAGGAAAAUGUGUUGAAGGAUCGUUUGGAAGUGGUGUCGGAAGUGGGUUAGAUACGACAGAAAGCGCUUACACUUGUAUGUGUCAGCCUGGAUUUGCUGGAAAGAACUGUGAAACCAAUAUCGACGAAUGCGCUUCUAAACCAUGCGAGAACGGAGGUACUUGUAAAGAUGGUAUCAACAUCUAUAAAUGUACAUGUUUGCCUGGAUUUGAUGGAAAGAACUGUGAAAACAACAUCAAUGAAUGUGCUCCAUUACCGUGUGUAAACGGUGGCAAAUGUAUUGACAAAAUCAACUCCUACAAAUGUUCCUGUAAACCUGGAUAUACUGGAGAGAACUGCGAAACUAACAUCGAUGAAUGUAAAAGUAGACCGUGUUUGAAUGGCGGUUUAUGUGUGGAUGGCAUUAAUUCCUACACGUGUAAAUGUAGAGAAAAUUACAUCGGAGAAAAUUGUGAAACAAGGAUCAACGAAUGUGACGAGAUGCCAUGUCUUAAUGGUGGAAAAUGUGUGGAUCUUGGAGAUGUGAAACAUGGCAAGCAUUAUUAUAAAUGUGUCUGUAAGCCAGGAUUUGUUGGGAAGAAUUGUGAAACAAAUGUCGAUGAAUGCGAUCCUUCACCGUGUCUGAAUGGUGGCAAGUGUGUGGAUGGUGUGAAUGAUUACACAUGCAACUGUCCUGCUGGUUACGAGGGAAAAGACUGUGAGACAGAUAUUGACGAGUGCUCGCCCAAUCCAUGUUUGAAUAGUGUCAGUUGUAUUGAUGGAGUGAAUUCUUACACAUGUAAAUGUUUACCUGGUUAUGUUGGAAAACAUUGCGAGACUGACGUUGAUGAUUGCGACCCCAAUCCGUGUUUGAGAAAUGGCAAAUGUGUUGAUGGUGUUGACAGCUACGUCUGCAAUUGUCCAAGAGGUUACGCUGGAACAAACUGUGAAGAGAAAAUCUUGGAGUGUGAUAGUUCUCCAUGUAAAAAUGGAGGGAAAUGUGUCGAAGGAUCGUUUGGAAGUGGUGUAGGAAGUGGGUUGGACACGACAGAAAGUGUUUACACUUGUAUGUGUCGGCCCGGAUUUACUGGAAGAAACUGCGAAACCAAUAUCGAUGAAUGCGCGUCUAAACCAUGCAUCAACGGCGGUUCUUGUAAAGACGGCAUCAACAGCUAUAAAUGUACUUGCCAACCUGGAUUUGAUGGAAAGAACUGUGAAAAUAAUAUUGAUGAUUGCGAUCCUAACCCAUGUGAAAAUGACGGGAGUUGCCUCGACAGGAUUAACGGUUUUAAAUGUUCUUGUAAAGCUGGAUUUACUGGCACAAACUGUGAAACAGACAUCGAUGAAUGUAAAUCACAACCAUGUUUGAACGAUGGCGUGUGCGUUGAUCACGUGAACUCUUACUCGUGUAAAUGCAAACGAGGCUUCGCGGGAACGAACUGUGAGAAAGAAAUCAACGAAUGCGACAACUUGCCGUGUAUGAAUGGUGGCAAAUGUGUUCAUCGUAUCCACGAUCUUCAAGUGACGGACCUUGAUCCAAAGUCCCGGGCAUUCAAGUGCACAUGUCCGGCCGGAUACACUGGAGACCUUUGUGAAAUAAAUAUCAAUGAAUGUGCGCCAAAACCAUGUCUUAACGGCGGCACCUGUGUUGAUGGAAUCGAUUCGUACACCUGCAAAUGCCGAAAGGGUUUUAUGGGCAAGAACUGUGAAACAAAUAUCGACGAGUGUGCGAGCCAGCCGUGUGAAAAUGAUGGUCGUUGUGAAGAUGGUGUGAACUCCUAUACGUGUCAUUGUGAACCAGGCUACACUGGAAUGCGCUGUGAAAAAGACAUCAACGAUUGCAAACCGUUACCCUGUCUCAAUGGUGGCACUUGUGUCGACGGUGUGAAUUCCUACACUUGCAAAUGCCCGAAGAAGUAUGCCGGCAAAAACUGUGAAAAGAGGAUAAGCGAGUGCUUGGUGAACCCUUGUCUUAAUGGUGGUGUUUGCGAAGAUGUUGACCCUACGAUGUCCGGAAGUGGAGCCAGUGGGGAUGGUAAGAUUGGCAUUGGUGGCAGCGGUGAUGAAGGUGCACUCAUAACGGACAACAGUGGUCUAUGGUACAAGUGCGAUUGUCCUGAAGGUUACACUGGAAAAAACUGUGAAAUAAAUAUCAACGAGUGUUCUCCUGAUCCUUGUAAGAACGCUGCAAAAUGUAUUGAUGGUGUGAAUUCGUAUAAAUGCGAAUGCCGCCCAGGUUAUCGAGGAAAGAACUGUGAGGAAGAUAUCGACGAGUGUGCCUCGACUCCGUGUGAGAAUGAUGCGACAUGUGAUGAUGGUGUGAACUCUUAUACAUGCGAGUGUAAAGAUGGUUACUCUGGGAAGAACUGUGAAACAGACAUUGAUGACUGUUCGCCCAAUCCUUGUAAACAUGGCGGUGUUUGUGUCGAUCGUGUAAACUCGUAUGAAUGUAAAUGCCCGAAAGGAUAUGCUGGUGAUAACUGUGAAAUAAAGAUCAGUGAGUGUAAAUCGACCCCAUGUAUCAACGGUGGUACGUGCGAGGAUCUUCAUCAUGGCACUGACUAUAGGUGCAUCUGCAAACCAGGGUUUACCGGAAAGAACUGUGAUAUAGACAUCGAUGAAUGCAAAACUAAACCAUGCAAGAAUGGUGCCGAAUGUGUGGAUCAGAUUAAUUCUUACAAAUGCAAAUGUCCGCCCGGAUUCAUUGGAGAAAAUUGCGAGAAAAAUGUAGACGAAUGCGUUUCUCGACCUUGUAAAAAUGGUGCUAAAUGUAUCGAUAAAGAAGCGUACGAAUGCCUUUGCGUGCCAGGAUUCACUGGAAAGCACUGUGAAAAAGACAUCGACGAUUGUGCUGGCAAGCAGUGCGAGCCUAACGGAAAGUGUAUUGAUGGCGUGAACAAUUACACAUGUGAAUGUAAUCCUGGUUACUCUGGAAAACAUUGUGAAAAAAAUAUCGACGAUUGCGAAAGCUCUCCAUGUUUGAACGGGGCAACCUGUGUGGAUGGAAUCAAUUCGUACACUUGCCAAUGCCCUAAAGGUUACAAGGGGAAAAACUGUGAGAAAGAUAUUGACGAAUGCAAAUCAUCUCCGUGUCAAAAUGAAGCAGUCUGCGAAGACAAAGUGAACAACUACACCUGCAAGUGUAAGCCUGGUUUUAAGGGAAAGAAUUGCGAAACAGAUAUCAAUGAAUGCGAAUCGACGCCAUGUUUGAACGGUGGUUUAUGUGUUGACCAAGUGAAUUCGUAUAAAUGCAACUGUACCUCACGGUACACGGGAAAAACUUGUGAAGUUGAGGUGUGUGGUAAACGUGUCGAACUUGGCUUCUUGCUGGACGGUUCUGAAAGCAUCAACACUCCUAAUAAAACCAACUUUAAAAAGUCCUUGGAGUUCGUAAAGAGCAUCGUCAACACUUUCCGUCUCUCUCAGACCGAGGUUCGAGUUGGAUUGGUCGUCUUUAGUACAGAUGUGAACACCAUCUUCAAGUUUGCUAAAUAUGGCGAUAAGGAAAGCAUAGGAAAGGCCAUCGAUUCGGUGAAAUACCCAUCACAAGGAACCUUGCUAGGCAAGGGAUUGCGAGGGGUAAAAGCGGAUCUGUAUUCUCAUGCAAGACCCGGUGUCCCGCGUAUCCUGGUUAUCCUCACCGAUGGCAAGUCGAAAGACAAUGUCACAGGCGCGGCCAAAGCUCUGCACGAUAUGAAUGUACGCGUGAUGGCUGUCGGGAUAGGUCCAUAUUUGGACGUGAAGCAACUGAAUGCUGUUGCCAGCGGACCAAAGCAAGAGCACGUGUUUACUGCGGGUGGUUUUAAUUCGCUUGGGAAAGUCGUGAAAAAGGUGGAGAAGGAAAUAUGUAAAGGUAAGUAG